AUUUUCUUCCACGAAUAUAAUUCUGAAAAUGGAAGUAUAAUUGUACUUAUUAACUUGGUGUUCUUAUUUACUGUUCUUCAAUAAGAUGUCUGCGCAAAGUUCAAUACAACAACAACAACCACCUCCUGCACCUCGUAGGAAGAGAUUUAUUCCUAAUUAUGAUGUGCCUGGUGUAUACAGAAUAACUCUUGGUGAUGAUACCCAACAACAAAUAGAAAUGGCAAUCGGCUUUCAAGUUAAUGCCCAGUAUCCAUGGAAAAUGGUGAGUAAAGCAAAGAUCAUGGAAAAUAUCAAUGUAGGCGUGGAACUUUCCGAAUUUUACCCCAUAAGGGAACAAAUUUCGGAAUAUCCCGAAGAAGAAAUACUCAUGGGUUACAUAGUAGAUGAAUCGAGUAAUAUUGAUGAGUUCUACGUAUGCUGUACAACAGAAGCAAGGGAUCAUUGUUUACAACAUUCUACAAAAUUUAUAAGACGCCAGGAAAAGAAAUUAGAAAAAGCAGUACAAAAGAAACCCAGGCCAUGGAUAAGUUUAGGAAGUGAAGUAGAAAUAACUGAAUUAGAAACAGUCAAUACCAGAAGUUUAAUAGAGUUGGAAAUAAAAGCCAAGUUUCCUACUGAGUAUGACCCUGAACAUUUUCAAGUUAGAGACACUGAAAAGGUAAGAGAUGGUAUCAUAGAGUUAACACCAUAUCGACAAAAGUUUAAUAAUGUUUAUGCAAAAAGAGUUGACUGUGGAUCUCAAAUUACAUUUCCUGUCUUUAAUAAUGUGGCACAAACGCAACUGAGAUAUCCACAAAACAAGUGGACCCAGUCUAUCGCUGAUGCUUUGGGUAAAAUAGGAGACAUCGAAGCAGGUGGUGAUGCAGGAAGAUUAUUUGAUGAUCUCGACGAGGAUGAUAGAAGUUCAGAUGACGAAAGUAACUUGAAAAAAGAGUCUUUCGACGAAGUAGGUUUAAUUGCCUAUAGGAAUGCAAUGAAACAGAUGCGUCGUAAGUCAUAUAUAAAAAAAGUCAAUAACUUUGUUUACUCUAAAUCAAAUGAACUAGAAUCUAUGGUAGAACUUAAUGCAGUAAUGGAUAUGUAUUAUAAUGAUUACCAAAACCUCGUUACUCAAAAACAUUUAGAUACACUUGGUACUAUGGCAUUCGAAGAGUACGUUUGCUUUACAGAUGUGAGAGCUAAAGAGAAAUAUGUAUCAUGUGCAACAUUUCAUUCUAUGUGGUCUGGUAUUGUGGCCAUUACCUAUGCAGAUGUAUCGCCAACCGUUAUGAAAACAAUUUCGUCGUCUGCGCCCUGUGAUGCAAUACAAAGAGCUGUCUACGGUUUGAACCCUGUUAUGAUUUGGAGCCACAUAGACAGUUUAAUACCGAAAUUAUACUUGGAAUCACCACGUGAAGUCAAAGUACUUUCAUUCUGCCCAUUUAAUGAAAAUAUUUUGAUUGGUGGUUUAAUUAAUGGACAAGUUUUGAUAUGGGAUCUAACUCAUAAACUAGAAAAUGUUGAAAAAAUAGAAGUGUUAAGCGAAACGAGAGAAAAAUACAGAAUUGCAAUGAAUGCGCAUAUGGGAUGGAUGAAACCAAUUCAGGACAGGGCAGUAGUAAGUGCUACUGUUUGUAGUAAUUUAAUGACUUGUCACUCGGCUCCCGUUACUGCCAUCAAAUGGGUGCCGCCAAAUUAUUUAGUUACACCCACUGGAAAAACCAUAAACGCACCGCGCGAUAAAUCACCAUUACAGUUUAUGACUAGCUCUGAAGAUGGAACAAUUUUAAUUUGGGACAUAUCAGUAGAUAGCACGUUAUUACUGAGUGCUAAGAAAAUAAAGAAAUCGAAGAGAGUUUUGCGUAGACCUUCAGCUUUACUUGUGGAUGUUUCACCACUUAAGGUGUUAGACCGCAUUUUGCAGCCGAUAUUUAAAGUAAUUAUAGGUGAAACAGGAAAAUCUUCGGUACAUUCUAUAAAGAGUUUUGCAGCAACACCACCAAGUGUUAAAUAUAUUUACACUCCCAAAAACAACGGAACUGGUAGAAAAUAUUUUACUUGUGAAAUUCAGCAAUUGGAAGAAAGAAGAAACGAUGUAUAUCUUGGUACGCAAGAUGGUGGACUAACACGUGCAACUUGGGAAGGACAUGAUUUUAAUACAGGUGAAGUAGUUAAUUCUGAGUACAGUGAGAUAAAAUUUAGUUCUCAUAUACACGAUGGACCUAUAGUAGCUACUCAUAAAAAUCCUAACAUGGAUUCUGUUACUUUGACUGUAGGAGGUAAAAUAUUCGCAAUUUGGUCUGACCAUUUAAUUGGUCGACCAAUAAUCUGGAAAAAGCGUCCAUAUCGCUUAACAGACGGAGUAUGGUCACAAUACAAACCAAGUGUAUUAUUUCUUGCUAAUUCUGAAGGGGCCCUUGAAAUUUGGGAUCUGGUUUUAAUAAGUGACAAACCUGUUUCUGUACAAACGCUCUCAGGAACUAUGCUAACAGGUGUUAGCUUACAUACAUUACCUUUAACUAAGAAUAUAUUAGGUGUCAGUGAUGUCAAUGGUUCGUUUAGAAUGUUCAUAUAUCCUCCUGUAUUUAUGUUGUCACAUCCAAAGUAUAUUGUUCGCAUGAAGGCUUUGGUUGAGCGAGAAUUGAAAGUUAUAAGAUCUUAUAUUAAAUGGCAGACCGAUUUUUUAAAAAAGCACCCAAGUAUUUUGUUGCACAUGAAACAAAAAGAAGGUUUAAUUCUAGCUGAAAAAGAAGAAGAAAGGCGAAGGUUGAAAGAAGAAUUAGAGAAAAAGGAAGAAGAAGAAAAUGAAGCCAGAAGAUUAGAGAGAUUGAAAUAUAUAGGACCUGAGGAAAGAUGGCAAAAAGUAAUUCAAAAGUUAAUAGAAAGAACAAUUGCAGUGAAAAAAAGAAUCAACAGAACAUUGUUAUUCGAACAAGAGAAACCUUUAAGAGAAUUAGAAGCACAGCGUUUGGUAAAAGAAAAGAGAAUGUUAGAAAUAAUGAAAAAUCAAAAAGCUAUUUUUAAUGACACUGUAGCUAUUCUUUUUCCCGAGGCAAUUCAGAAACCAUUCAAACCAAGAAAAAGUCUUCUUACAGAUAAUAAACCGACAUUAAAAAAAGAAUAUAUAGAAGAUUAUUACCAGAUAAGGGCAGCCUCGUUUAAAUUGGUGCAUAAAAAUCCCUUUAAAGUAAAAUUUUGUUGGGAAAGCACUCUCUCUGAGGGCAAAGAUAGAAGGGCUUCUUUAUUUGCGAAAAAAGACUAUGUAAGAAUGCAUUGGUCAAGGAUUGAAGAAGAAAUGAAAGGAAGUGAUGAACGGUUGGAAAUUAAGUCAUCUAAAUCAAAACAAGAAAGUAAAAUUAUCGGUAGUUCAGUAUCAAUGAAAAAGUCUUUGGUGGACAUAUAAAUUAGCAUUAAUUAUAUUUUAACAUGCUCGCAUCGUACGCAUCGAACGCAACGAAUUUUAGUUUGUCUUGUAUAAAAACUCAUACAACUACAUCCACUGAUCCACAUCGUACGGACUGCUCAUCGGCAAUACCUACAUGCGAUGCGGCAAUGAGAUUGUGCACUGUGACACAAGUCAACGGCCCUGCCCAAUGAUAUCAUAGGUAGAAAGUGGCACAUUAAAAUGUUUUUGUAUUAUGGGACCACUCGGUGGAAUUACAUAACAUAUAUUAUGGAGUAGAAGAAACUCGCACCACUUUUGUCUUCAGCUAGGGGCGAUAGUUAGUAGUGACUGACAAAAAUUACUACCUAUAUAAAUUGUAAUUGUAAUAUUGGUUGUUUUAUAUUUGUUUUAAAAAUAUGUAUUUUAAGUUUCGUUUAUGUUAUCCCACAAGGGAAGAGUAGUUGUGUAAGGAGGAGCAACUGUGUGAUCUACAAAUUGUUGUUUUUGGUUUGGGUACGCACCCACGAUACAGGAGAAAAUCCUAGUGUGGGGCAACGUUCUUUUUUUAAGUUUGAUUUCAAUUAUUAUUGAUUGAUUAAUUUUCGUUUUAGUUUUGUGUCUAGGAAAUAUUUUUAGUUUACGCGUUUUAUUUCUAAGUGUUAUAGUUAUGGUAAUAAAGAAGAUUUUACGAGUACAA